CCCAUCCCCAACUAUCAUUGCUCACUCAUCUCUACACCACUUCACAAAACCUUAAAAAUAAAAUACACAACACACACAAACCAUAAUAUUCUUGUCUCUUCUUUUUUUUUUUUUUCCCUCUUGUUCUAAUCCAAGAAUGUCCGGGGUUUGGGUAUUCAAGAACGGCGUGGUGCGUCUCGUGGACGGCGCGGAUGCAAUUGGAGGCGGCCGCCACGGGUCCGGUGGAAGGCGCAAGGUAUUGGUUCACACCGCAAGCAAUGAGAUUAUAACCUCUUAUGCGGUUUUAGACCACAAGCUUAGUUCAUUAGGGUGGGAGCGUUACUAUGAUGACCCUGACCUUCUUCAAUUCCAUAAACGCUCAACCGUUCACCUUAUUUCUCUCCCUAGGGAUUUCAACAAGUUCAAGUCCAUGCACAUGUAUGACAUCGUUGUCAAGAACAAGAACAACUUUGAAGUUAGGGAUAUGAUGAUGUAGUCAACUAGUUAACUACAAUCCCUAUGCAUGACAUGUAAUUUGAAUUCUUUUGGUUUUGCUUCUAAGCCGUGUGUUGGUUUGAUUUUUGAUUAGUGUGACUUAACAUGUCUACAUAAUUGUUAGUCGCAUUAAUCUAAGUACUUUGUGCAUAGGUUUGUCUUUUGAUUAAUAUUAUAUGUAAUAUGUUGUAUAGUGGUGCAGUGUGUAUGAGUGAUUAUCAUUUGUGUGGGAGGGUGAUGUAAAUAUUUGUAGUUGUUUCAAUGGGAGGGUAGUUUGCAGGAAAACAUACAUGAUCGAUAGAGUUGGCGCAAUGAUCGUAAUAAUGAGUAUACAGGCAAAGGCAUAUGGCAUAUAUAUAGGGUGCUCUCUUUGAGGGUCAACACUAAUUUAUAUCUAUAUACUCACAUAUGUUGGAAUAAGAUGAUUUAAUGAAGGUGUUGUUGUUUGUAUGGAGAUUGUUAAAUGAUCAUUUGUUGUUAAAGUCAAAUAUGGUGAGCCGAUGUGGCAUCAUUUGUUUUUGGAGUGGAGUGUUUGUUAUUUGGGAACGUGUGCAUCAUAAAUUUCAGUGGCUCGAAGUUCAUGUGUCA